UCACAGAUAUCUAACGACAAUUCCACGUAUCAGUGCUUCGACAUGUGGCUGGACAAGUGGUUGCUUUGUGGGCUGGUGUUGGUUCGUGUAUACGCGGACCAGGACGUUCAGUUGGAGAUACCUCAAGGGAUCCUGAAGGGGUUGAAAACGGAGACGAUUCUCCACAGUAAGGGCUACUACAGCUUCAAAGGCAUACCUUACGCGGAACCGAAUGUCGGUCCUAACAAGUUUCGCAUAGCGGAGCCAGCCAAUCCGUGGGAAGGCGUGUACGAUGCCACCCAGCAUCGUGGCACUUGUCCAUUCUACUGCAUGAUGAAGAAAGGGCUUAUUGGCGAAGAGGACUGUCUCUACCUGAAUGUUUACACUCCGGUAUUGGACAAAGAGGCUCGCAAAGCCGUUAUGGUGUGGUUUUUCCCUGGCUCAUGGAACAGUGGCACUGGCGACGACAUGCUUUUUGGCCCAGACUUUUUGGUCGAGCAGGAUGUGAUAGUUGUUACCGUUAACUUUAGGCUCGGUGCUCUUGGAUACUUGAAUACAGCAGAUAAAGCUGCCCCCGGAAAUGCUGGCAUGAAGGAUCAGGUAUUGGCGUUGAAAUGGGUGAAAGAUAACAUACAUUUCUUCGGCGGUUGUCCGAACAGGGUUACCAUUUUCGGCGCGAGCUCUGGUGCAGCUUCUGUUCAAUAUCACAUGUUCUCUCCCAUGUCUGAAGGGUUAUUCAACGGUGUCAUUGAACAGAGCGGCUCGAUGGCCAAUCCGUGGGCACUGCAAAGCAAUCCGCGAGAGCUCGCGUUUAUGCUAGGAGAAGCUCUUGGCAUUAAAACAACGGAUUCGGCGGAGUUGGUGCAAAAACUCUCCGAGUUCCACGUUAAAGAUAUCAUCGCAGCCUCUGGUGAAGUAACGAAGAGCUUGAAUGGUCUAAACGGGCAUCUCUACGCAUUCGUUCCUUCCAUCGAAGCUGAUUUAGGCCAAGACAUAUUUCUGUCGAACGAUCCGUGGACUUUACUGAAAAACGGACAAGUUGCGGACGUGCCUUUAAUGACAGGAGUUGUUGUCGACGAAGGAAUACAGUUUGCACAAAAUAUGCUGAACCAUAUCGAAUUAUUGAACACCGAGCCAGAAUUGUUCCUGCCGGACGAUUUGAACAUCACCGAUCCAGAAAUGAAGACAAUGCACGGCCAAUGUCUGAAGAAAUUCUACUUUGGGGACAAGCAAGUAACGAAAGAGGAUAUGAACGAUUUCACUAAGAUGAUAGGCGAUACGUUCUUCAACGCGGGAGAAAUUCUAGCGCUGGAUUUGAUCAAAGCUAAGAGUUCAGCGCCAAUUUAUUUAUAUCAGUUUAACUACGAGGCGCCGUUUGGAUUUAUGAAACAUUUAUCCGGCAUUACGGACGGAGUUGUACACGGUGAUGAAAUGGGCUAUCUAUUUUACUCCGGCGCCUUUAAGAAUCUACCGGAACCAGGCUCUUCCGCAGAGAAGAUGACAAACAUUAUGACUAAAUUGUGGACGAAUUUUGCCAAAGAUAAAAAUCCAACUUCUAACAUGGAUGAAGACAUUACUGUAAAUUGGGAGCCUACUACAGAAGAGCAUGAUUACCUUCGUAUCGACAGAGAAUUAAAAAUGGAGAAGAAUUUAUUGCAAGACAGGAUCGAUUAUUGGAAGAAGAAGUAUAGCAACAUUACUGAGAACGCAAUGUGAUACUAGAUUCAGGUUACGGUGAUACCUGUUGUACACCAACGACAACUGUAAUUACAAUUAAAUAUAGUGAAACUUAAAAGUA